AUGUCGUCAUCUGAGGAGGAUUUACCGUCCACAUGUGUAUCCUAUGAUGAAGAGACACAACGGACACCUAGUGAAUGCAUUUCUGAAAAGGAUUUGCUACGAUACAUCUAUGGUUCGGACAAGUUAAAGAACAGUCGUAAAAGUGGAUUUUUGCAAUUACGACAUUCGGCAGAUGAAUUUCGCCCUGCACCACGUGAACCUUCUGCCACACUCGUUCCCGGAGAUCUGCUUGCUGCUAAAAUUCGCACUUAUCUCUCCUGUACUAAACCGUUCCAGCAUCCUGUCACAUGGCAGCCAUCGGCAGAUCAACGAAGGUUAAUUGGACAUAUGGUUCUCACUAAAACGGAUAACUCAAGAUCUGGAGAUCUUGGGCUCAAGGUAAAACAACAGUUAUUCAAGUUAUCUUGGAAAUUAGAUCAAGAAGACUUACAAAAGUGUAUGAAUAGUGUGGUAGGUGGACGCCGCACUGAUACUGGUCGCUUAGGAGCUUUCAUCACACGGGUCAAACCAGGAAGCGUGGCGGACACAAUAGGAAGACUUAGAGCUGGAGAUGAAGUUCUUGAAUGGAAUGGACAAGCUCUCCAAAAUGCAACAUUUGAUCAGGUGUACGAGAUAAUCUCGGCAAGCAAACAGGAGUCGCAUGUUGAAAUUAUUGUCAGCAGAUCUGCAAGCAUACCGGGUGGGGACGACUUCCUGAAUAUUCAAACACAACCCAGGCAACUUCCGAGUCUACAGUACUUAUUAUGCGAAGCUCGAAGAGUGCCAACAUUCAAGGGACAAAAUUUUAGUCGUGGCCAAAUUUUUGGCAGAAUUGAGAUCUCUUUGUACUUCUCACACAUUGAGCGACAGUUGACAGUGUGUAUCGAACGAGUAGCUGACCUUCCUCCGCGUUCAGAUGGUUCACCGAGGAAUCCCUACGUGAAAGUUUUCCUCCUUCCAGAUAGAAGUGAGAAGUCCAGACGACAAACAUCCGUUUUAGCUGAAGCUAUCCGACCUGUAUGGAAUGAAUCAUUUUACUACCAGGGUAUCACUGAGCCUAUGCUUAUGGAAAGAGUUUUAGAGGUUACUGUUUGGGACUACGACAAAUUCGAGGCCAAUUCUUUUCUUGGGGAAACCCUUGUGGAUUUCUCUUCAGCGGCUCUUGAUGGACAAACCGUUACCCUGCCACUCGUCGACAUGGACGAAGAAAAUCCUUUGAGACUGGUGCGUAAUGGAAAGCUUUGUUUUUAUCACCACCUCAAACCCCCUAGAGUUCAAAGAAGUGAAAAGUGCAAUUUUUUGCAAGUCUCAGCGAUUUGUAUUUUAGAGGCUCAGAAAUCGAAAAGGCAAACAAUACUCUGCAUACCAAAGACCAAGGAAAUGGAUGAAGACUGGUACAUGCAACCGCACUCCGGGUAUCUUUCUGAUCAUUGCUAUUAUCCGAACACAAGCCAAAGAAUUCGACAACGUCGUCCUCGAAGUGCCACAGCUAUGAGACCGAGUAUCCUCAAUUAUGGAGUUACAGUGACAGCUUCCGAGAUGGGCGCAUCACGGCCUUACUAUGGUAAUUUACCAGAACCAUUAUGGAAUGAUGUGGAUAUUGCUCAGGAAGGAAGAAAUAUUCCGCAAGGUAUGUUACCUUAUGGAAUAACCGACAUGCGUCCAAUGAACGGCCAAUCAGCAGUUGAAAUGCCGGAGCAAGAUCCACAACAAGGGUAUGGAUCAGAUGGAAGCGAAACUAUGAGCACGCAUUCGGCACAUUCAAUUCCAGCCGUCAGAACCAUCAAUCGCCGUCCUCCAUCAGAAAAUGAGGUGAACGAUAUGCCGGAAACAUCCGUUGAAGAGUAUCAGCCUGAAGAUGUACAGUCUACAUCGGGCGUUGCUCCGAAAAUGUCCAUGGCGGGACAAGUGAUGAAGGAACGCAAGAAAAGCAUAAUGACACGGUUUAUUCCUGGAAAGUCUGGUGGCACCGAAGGAAAACGCACCGGGUUUUUACGGUCUGAAGAAGUAGGAAUCCCCGGGAACCUAGCGAUCAACCGCGCACAACAGCAACAGCAGCAAUUUGUAAAACAAGCGAGCAAAGAAUCUACAGAUUCGGGCUCUGACAAUUGGUUGCCUGUUCUGCCAGAUGGUCCGCUCGGCACCUUUGUCGAAAAUCUUGGGCCAGGACAAGUGGUCGGGCGGCAAGUGCUUGCGAGUCCAUUGCUGGGAGAGAUUCAAGUUGGAAUAAUGGCAGGACGUUCGGGCAUUGAUGUAGAAAUAAUUAGGGCAAAGAAUCUUGUGAUUAAACCCGGUGUUAAAAUGAGUCCAGCUCCGUAUGUGAAAGUGUAUUUAAUGGAAGGAAAAAUGUGUGUGGCGAAGGCAAAGACGAAUCCAGUCAGGAAAACUACUGCUCCACUUUUCCAGCAACAUUUGAUAUUUAAUGAUAAUCCUAGGCGGAAAAUGUUACAGAUUACUGUACUUGGUGAUUAUGGAAGAAUGGAGAGGAAAACAUUUAUGGGUAUUGCCUUGAUUCGGUUAGAUGACCUACGUUUGGGCUCAGAACCGGUGAUCGGAUGGUACAAACUCUAUCAUAGUUCAUCGUUGGCUGGAACGGGCCCUGUACGAAAGGAUUCAGAAACAUCAUUAGCUGGACCAAACAUGUUACAUUACUGA